AUGGCUCUGUGGCUCCGCUCGCUGCCUCUCCUGGCGCUGCUGGCCCUCUCCAGCCCCGGGAGCAGCCAGGCUGCUGUCAGCCAGCACCUCUGUGGCUCCCACCUGGUGGAAGCUCUGUACCUGGUGUGUGGCGAGCGCGGCUUCUUCUACCAGCCCAAAGCCCGGCGGGAUGUGGAGCAGCCUCUAGUGAGUGGUCCCUUGCAUGGCGAGCUGGGAGAGCUGCCCUUCCAGCAGGAGGAGUUUGAGAAAGUGAAGCGAGGCAUCGUUGAGCAAUGCUGCCACAACACCUGCUCCCUCUACCAGCUGGAAAACUACUGCAACUAG